AUGCCUAGUUGGGUUGAAAACCGACUGGGAGACUUUAAUCUGUGGCUUACAAAUCUCCGAGUUCUGAAACCUGGCCAUGCAUCACUCGACUACCGACUUCGUGACCGGGAAGACCUAAGGAACGUAAUUGCGGGUCUCUUACAGAGCCUCCACGGAUUCAUCGAAGCAUGUCGCGUGCCUUACGAGCCUAGUGAUAGUGAUCACGAAGUACAAGGCAGUGAUGGGUCAGCUUCCGCUUGGUCAGACGUUUCCGACUCGGAUAAAGGGUCAGAAAAAAGACCAGUCUCCUCUAUCUUUUCUGACCCAACAAGCGGGGUCGAAUCAACACUCGAUAGACUGAUUCGUCUGGGUAUGGUUAUUAGAAAGUCUGGAAACAAAUUCCGGCAUGAGUUGGCAGAUCGCGCUCUAGACGUGUCUUAUUAUCAAGACUUUAAGAGGCAUCUUGAGCUUGUCCUUCUAAACGAUGCAAAUAGACACCACCUUAUACAUAUAACUGGAAGAGCAGCUGAGCAAAAGAUACUCACACGUGCCACUGCGCUCGUCAUCAAACGAAGACUUCUUGACCCUGGCCAGCUGACAGAAUUUCAACAACGAGCCAUACAUGCAAAUAUUAUUCGACGAAAUAGAUUUGAUUUCGCCAAGAAGAGGGAACUGAAGGCGAAUCCACGGGACUCAGAGCCGAUGCUGACCAAACAGCAACCAAUUAAUGCUGAGCACAAAGCGACAAAUCUGGUUCCUCAAACAGUUGUGUCAAGAUCACAGUUCAAGAAAUACGAAACCAAAAGCCAAGUGACCAUUUCACAUCCUUCUAUGGUGGAAACAGCAACUCGAGUUGGUACUAUCACCACACCGGUUGAGCCCACACCCUCGAAAGCUGCAACAAGAAUCACGAACAUGUCAUCAACAGGCCAGAAUUUAGAUUACCCUCCAUGUCCACAGCUUAAAGACUUGAAUGAUGCAUCCUUUCAAUGUCCUUUCUGUUGUCGACAGCUGCCCAGGAAGUACCUGGAGAAAUCUGGAUGGCGGUAUGAGUUCCCCAAACAAUCACCUGGCUUCAAUUGGCUAUUCACUGAUACUUAUCUAUCAGAUCUCACGUCCAUGGAGACAUUAUGCCAUAUAUCUGAUUGUGCAAAUAAAAAUGAAUUCUAUGAGUCGAAGGAGGAAUGGAUGCAGCAUUUACGUGCUACGCAUAGCGAGAAAUAUUGGCAAUGCCCCUUUCCGAACAUUUGCAAGAAUACACCCGAGUCCCGAUUCACAACGGAAAGUGAUUGGAUUCACCACAUGGCGACUCAUCAAACGGCAGGUAACCAGACCAGGUUCAGCCCUACACAGCUCCAAAUUGUUGCUGGAACAAACACCAUUCAUGACUGUUCAAUCGAUCGAUGUCCGUUGUGUGGAUUUUCAAGUCCAGCUAACAAAGGAGCAACGAUAAAGCACAUUGCGGAACAUCUUCACUCCUUUGCUCUUAGAUCCCUUUCAUGGGAAAGUUAUGUUGAUGAAGAUCAAUCUGCGGCCACUCAAGCGGUGGAUGACAAGUAUACACCGUCCAAGACUUCCGAUGACAGCCGUGAAGUUUUUGAAAGCGAAGAUCAGACUGCCACGGCAUCUGACGAUUUGGAUACUUAUUUGGACCAGUUCGCUGGCGUGAUUACGCACUGGAAAUCCCUUGUCCUGAACAGCAAUAUACCGUCGUACUACAAAGACAUCUUCAAACAAGUGAGUAGGAUGGCAGACAGUCUUCAUGCCUCAGCAAAAAUGAGAAUAGAGCCAAUCGACUCUGAUGCAAUACGAGGAAUGGAGACUGGCUUGUUGGAUAUAUGCUGGAUCUUUAAACAACUUGAAGAAGCCGCGCACUCCGUUUUUCACGAUGAGACGUAUGUGCCCCGGAUGAUAAUUUGA